CACCGUUCCAACUGCAUGACUUUUUAUCCCGUGAAGAAGAAUUCCAAGCGAACCCAAACAGAGCGGUGGAAUUUUUGUUUAAAGACCCAAACCUGGGUGGAGGAUAUUCUGUGCAGGAUGCCUUUCCAUUUUUGCCCCCAGUGUGGGACGAAGCUGCAGCCUGAUUUCAGGUUUUGCCCCUCCUGUGGGGAGAAACUCCCCUGCUCUGCUGAUGAAGCUGGAUUUAUUAGUUCAGCUGCCUCUUUAAAGGACGAAACAACAGCAGCUGUAAAUAACACAAGCCCUGCUUCAACUUUGACCUCCCAGGUCUGUAAAUCUCCAGUUUCACCUCGCCCUGCUCUGCGAAAGACCCGUAACUCACUGCAGCUGGAGAAAACUGUUAAAUUCAACAUCCAGGGUGCGGCUCAACGUAUUGUACCUUCAUCUCCUGUCAAAACUGACGAGACCGAAGUUAAGGGUGCUGGGAGUCCAAAGAAGCAAACCAGCACGGUCAAAGCUAAAUUAGAGGUAAAACCAACUUCUGAGACUUCAUCACCUCCUUCUGUAAAAUCUCCGCAAGCAGUCAGGGGAAAGGCCAAACUCUCAAGCCCUGCUAAGAAGGGAGCUGAAGAGGUAGAGACCCCGUCUCAUCAAACAGCUGGGACAACAGACGCAUCAAAGGUGGAACGCUUCAAGUUUUCUCCGAAGGUAACAGGGGGGGGCAAAGCCAAGAAGGCGAAGCAUGCGUCCUCACUGGAGCUGCUGCAGGAAGGGGAGGAACUGACUGACAACACGGGCAAGAAGUGGAAACUGGUGAAGCUGAUUGGUCAGAGCAUGACAGAGCUCCUGUACCAAGUUGCUCAACCCAAUUCAAAAGAAGCAGAUCACGUCCUCAAGCAGGGAGCUAAAGAUGGGAGAAUCUUCACUGAGCAGAACUUCCUGCAAAGAGCUGCUAAAUCUACAUCUGUGGAAAAGUGGAUCAAGCAGAAAAAGAUGGAUUUUUUGGGGAUCCCCUCCUGCGUUGGUUUUGGUCUUCAUGCAGACUCAUACAGGUUUCUGAUUUUCCCCAACAUGGGCCGCUCCCUGCAGUCAGUCAUAGAGGAAGAAAACGAGCUUCUCUCUGAGAAGGCCGUCCUUCAGCUCGCCUGUAGGAUACUGGAUGUGCUGGAGUUCAUCCAUUCAAACGAGUACGUUCAUGCUGACAUUAGUGCAGAGAACAUCUACAUCAAACCUGGACAGAAAUCACAGGUGUACCUGGUAGGAUACUGCCAUGCCUUCAGGUACUGUCCAGGAGGCCAGCAUGUGGAAUACCGUGAAGCCAGCAGAAUGCCACAUGAGGGCGCCAUGGAGUUCAUCAGCCUGGAUGCACACAAGGGAGCAGCCCCGUCUCGCCGCAGUGACUUGCAGUCUCUGGGUUACUGCAUGCUUAUGUUGCACACAGGGACGCUGCCGUGGUCCGAACUAACUCAGCCGGAGCAGGUGGCCACCCAGAAACAGAGGUAUAUGGAUGAUGUGAAAGCCCUGCUGAACCACUGCUUUGGGAAGAAAAAAGUUUCAGGCGCCAUUCAGACCUUCCUGACAGCAGUGAUGGCUUUGCAGUACACAGAGGAACCAAACUACUCAGAGCUGAAGGCUGGACUCCGUGCUGCCUUGCAGCAGCUGGGGGGAUCAGUGGAGCAGUCUCUCGAUAUGUCCAUAUAGAAACCGAAGCAAGAACUAGAACCUCUUACUAGGUUUUAAUAGCUGAAAUUUUAUCUGUGAUUGUUUCCGAUGCACUGAAACCCGUACAGUUUAGCAUCUGCUAAUGUUGCUCCAGUUCAAACUGUUUGAGUCAGCAUUUCAAGCAUUAAUGAUUUCUGUGAGGUAUUGCACUGUUUUUUUGUAUGGCUUUAAAUUCAGAAAGAUGUUGACAUUGUUGAUUUAAUGUAACGCCGUUCUUACAAAGUUUGUCAGGUUGUGACUUUGUUUUUUUAAACUAAAGAAUAAAGUUUACUGUUUUUCUUCCAUCCUUGCUCCUGCUAACAUUUAACUACAAUAAUAAGGUUUGUAUUAAGCCAAAUAAAAUCUCUUAUUUCUUGUUAAAA